AUGGCAGGCAACAAUGUUAGUGACCACUCCGUGAUGCAAAUUAGGGAUGAGGAUAGAAGAGAUGUUGUGAUUGCAGAAACUGUGGAAUUAAUAGUGUCCUCAAUUCAAGGAAGGAUUCAGCAGCGGCAUCCACUUCCUGCUUGUAGUUGCAUAUUUAGAAUCCCUAAUGUACUACGCAGGCAUAAUGAAAAAGCCUUUGUUCCAGAUUUAAUUUCAAUAGGGCCAUUUCACCACGGAGAAAAGGACCUGCAAGUCAUGGAAGAGAUUAAGCUAUGGUAUUUGCAUUGCCUCCUUGAUCGAAAGCCAACUUCAGAGACCAGUUUGGAGUACUUAGUCGAAGCUAUUAAAAGUAUGGAGCAACACUGUCGAGAUUGUUAUCAAGAAAGAAUUGAUAUGAGUAGUGAAAAAUUUGUGGAAAUGAUGGUGGUUGACGGUUGCUUUAUCAUUGAACUCUUCCGCAAGUUUGCAAAAGAGGUUCCCAGAAGCGAGGAUGAUCCUGUGUUCUAUACGGCAUGGAUGUGGUCUGCACUUAGAAAAGACUUGUCUCUACUUGAAAACCAGCUUCCUUGGAAAGUAGUUGACUGUUUAUUCAACCGCACAAAGGAAAAUGAUAAACCAGAAUCCAAUGCUCUACUCCCGCUUGCUCUGAAAUUCUUUAAUCCGUCUGCAUUCGAGCAGAAUCCACAAGCCAAUAGACCAUUGGAAACUAAGCAUUUACUUGAUGGCAUAAAAAACUCUUUACUUGCCUCAUACGAAGCUACUUAUAAAUAUUGCUAUUGGGCACCGAUUCCUUCUGCCACAGAACUUCUACAAGCUGGUGUCGAAUUUAAACGUAGAAGCGACACUUUCGACAACAUGCUCGACAUAACCUUCAAAAAUGGAGUUAUGGAAAUCCCACCAAUAUCCAUUGAAGACAAUGCAGAGUCUCUCUUCAUAAACCUCAUCGCCUAUGAACAGUGUGAUCCAAGCAUCAUAUAUCAUAACAUUACCUCGUACGCUGUCAUCUUGGAUAACCUUAUUAACAAUAGCAAAGAUGCGGACUUUCUCAUUCAGAAAGAAAUCAUAGUUACAAAAUUGAGCAAGGAGGACAUAGCCGGUCUCUUCAGUAGGCUUUACAAUGACACUGUAGUUGGCUAUUUCUGUUAUGCGGAACUCACCAAGAAUGUGAAUGCAUAUUAUCAGGAUCGCUGGCACAGAUGGCAAACAAUUCUCAGACGUGAUUAUUUCAGCAAUCCAUGGUCAAUCUUUUCGCUCUUUGCUGCGCUCUUGAUCCUAGGUUUUACCUUCAUGCAAACCUUAUAUUCCACUCUGUCUUACUAUAAGUAG